GAGAGAGAGAGAGAGAGAGAGAGAGAGAGGUGAAGAGGUGGAUGCAUCAUUCCGGAUGGCUGCCUCCGAAUCAGCAGCGAAAGGAGAAGAUGAGCUCGCGCUCGGAAGGCGGCUCACUCGCCUCGGAAAAACCUCAUCCUCAUCCUCAUCCUUACCUUGAGGUUGCAAGGAUCUACCACUGGAAUUUCGGCACCAUGGAUAAAAUCGCGUCCUUCUAACGUGGUGGUGAAAAAAAAACAUUUCAAGCACGUAAUCUUUUGAAAAUGAUGUAAGCAUCCUGACCCCAUUCUACAAAUCAUCUGGAGUAAAAUAAAAAUCACUAGCAUGCAUUGUGAGAUGGUAACAUGACCACAAAAUGCAUGCCAGUGAGCCAAUCCUUUUAUUUAGCCUAGGUUGGUGAACCAUCCGAGACUUUCUCCCACACAUGUACGCCGUUUGCCAUGAAUCUGGCCGUGAAGCUGCGGAGGAAUCUGAGGAGGCUGGUUAUCCUCCUCGCCACCUUUUGCAUGGUCAGUGUCAUAAUCUCCGCUUACUAUCUCUACACGGGGUCUGCCCAGGAGCUGGAACUGACAGACCAUGGUGUCAGUCCUGACUGUGCUGAACUACGGGUGCUUCCUUUCCGGCCGGCGGAGUUACGGAUACCCAAACCCAUGGACCCAUCACGGAAAGACCCUGUAGUGUUGGUGUUCAUAGAGAGCCAGUAUUCACAGCUGGGGCAGGACAUUAUCGCCAUUCUAGAAUCUAACCAGUUUCGUUACCAAGCUGAAAUUGCACCAGGGAAAGGGGACAUCCCUCCACUGACACACAAGGGUCACGGGCGAUAUGCACUGGUCAUCUAUGAGAACGUACUCAAGUACGUGGGUAUGGAUGCAUGGAACCGUGACCUAUUAGACAAGUAUUGUGUUGAAUACAGUGUUGGACUUAUUGCCUUUCAUCGUGCUAGUGAGAACUCCCAGCCUACCAUGCAACUCAAGGGCUUUCCCCUAACCUUACAAACCAACAUACCCCUGUGCGACUGCUGUGUUAAUCCACGCUCACCACUGCUUUACGUCACCCGAGCGGAAGUAGAUCGAGGACCUCUUCCCGGUGAAGACUGGACCGUAAUCCAGUCCAACCACUCUACUUAUGAGCCUGUGCUACUCGCCAGAUCACGGCUUAGUGCAGAUGAUGCCAGUGGAAGGAUGGUAACUGGACUCCAGGCCACUGUGGUUCAGGACUUAGGGCUCUAUGAUGGGGUCCAAAGGGUGCUGUUUGGGCAAGGCCUGGGCUAUUGGCUGCAUCGACUCAUACUGGUGGACGCGAUCGCGUACCUCACUGGCAAGAAACUAUCGCGCUCAUUGGAACGGUACAUCCUAGUGGACAUCGAUGACAUCUUUGUAGGAAAGAAAGGGACAAGGAUGAAAGUGGACGAUGUGAAGGCUCUCCUCGAGACGCAGAACACGCUGCGCACACAAAUCUCGAACUUUACCUUCAAUUUGGGAUUCUCGGGCAAGUUUUUCCACACAGGCACUCAGGAGGAAAACGACGGCGACGAUCUCCUGCUGAAAUACGUAAACGAGUUCUGGUGGUUUCCUCACAUGUGGAGUCACAUGCAGCCUCAUCUCUUUCACAACGAGUCGUCGCUCAUGGAGCAGAUGAUCCUCAACAAGGACUUCGCACUGGAGCAUGGUAUUCCUGUAGACAUGGGCUACGCUGUAGCGCCUCAUCACUCGGGUGUGUAUCCGGUGCACAUGCAGCUGUAUGAAGCGUGGAAGAGGGCGUGGGGCAUCCGAGUGACCAGUACAGAGGAAUAUCCUCAUCUGAAACCUGCACGAUACCGAAAGGGCUUCAUCCACAACCACAUCAUGGUGCUGCCACGUCAGACCUGUGGCUUAUUCACACACACCAUCUUCUACAAGGAAUAUCCUGGAGGCCCCAAAGAGCUGGACAAGAGCAUCAAAGGAGGAGAGCUUUUCCUGACUGUCCUACUGAACCCUAUCAGUAUCUUCAUGACUCAUCUGUCUAACUAUGGGAACGAUCGAUUGGGUCUGUACACUUUUGUGAACCUGGCCAACUUCCUGAAGUGCUGGACCAAUCUGAGACUGCACACACUCCCACCUCUGCAGCUCGCACACCACUACUUUACCCUAUUCCCUGAGCAGAGAAACCCACUCUGGCAGAACCCGUGUGAUGACAAGAGACACAAGGAUAUCUGGUCUAAAGAGAAGACCUGCGACAGGCUCCCCAAGUUUAUGGUGGUUGGACCUCAGAAAACUGGCACCACGGCACUCUACCUCUUCCUCCUAAUGCAUCCGUCCAUCUCCAGCAGUUUCCCCAGCUCUAAGACCUUCGAGGAGGUGCAGUUCUUCAACACCAACAACUACCACAAAGGAAUCGACUGGUACAUGGAGUUUUUUCCAGUUCCAUCGAACGUCACUACGGACUUCCUGUUUGAGAAAAGUGCUAGUUACUUCCCCUCGGAAGAGACGCCCAAACGAGCCUCUGCACUGCUGCCCAAAGCCAAAAUCCUCACUCUGCUUAUCAACCCCUCUGACAGGGCCUACAGCUGGUACCAGCACCAGAGGGCCCAUGAGGACCGGGCAGCGCUUCGAUAUAACUUCUACGAGGUGAUUUCAGCUAAUCAACACUCUCCAUCAGAAUUACGGUCGCUGCAGAACCGCUGCCUUGUCCCUGGUCUCUACGCCACACACCUGGAGAGAUGGCUCACCUACUACCCACCUGGCCAGUUAAUGAUAAUAGAUGGACAGCAGUUGAGGAACGAUCCAGCAGCCGUGAUGGACGAGGUGCAGAAGUUCCUGGGCAUCUCUCCAUACUUUAGCUACUCACAAGCUCUCACAUUCGAUCCUCAGAAGGGUUUUUGGUGUCAGCUGCUGGAUGGAGGCAGAACUAAGUGUUUGGGCAAAAGCAAAGGUCGCAAAUAUCCUCCUAUGGAUGCUGAGUCUCGACUUUUCCUGUCUCAUUUCUACCGGGAUCAUAACAUUGAGCUGUCGAAGCUCCUCCAUAGACUCGGCCAGCCUCUCCCAGCGUGGCUCCGCGAAGAACUACAAAAGGUCAGGUAGCAUUUAAUCCACUGACCCUGCCGCUCUUCAGGUCAACCGUCAUGGGGUCAUGACCUCAAAGGACACUGCACCUGGAAGGACAGAGGCAAAAGCUGGACAGAAGGCCAGUGAGCAGCACUGCUGGACCAGAAGAAGUGCUGGAUUGUUGGAGUGAUACUGCAAAGGCAAAUACAUGGAGAUUGAGAGAGAGGCUGAGUGUAAGACCAUGAACUGGUUUUAUUCCAUAAUGUAUUCAAAUCCAAAAUGGGAAUUCUUCAUUCUCACAUUUUAAUUUUUUUUUAACAGUGUAUACUUAAAUAAGAAUCAAUCUGACUAUGAUGCUGAAAUAAAACCAGUUCUCAUUGACAGUCUCUGUUACAGCUCCAUGCUCUGGUCAUAUCAAACAUCAUCACGUGCGAAAGGUUAAACAAACCUAACAAGACCUUUUUUUUUUUUUUACUUUUUUUUAUUACUGACAUGACCUCUGCUUGAAUAAUCUUCUCACUUAAACAUAAACUCUUUAGCAAACAGCAGGCAAGAAGACGAACAGGACACGGAUCCAGGGGUGAAGCUGCUGGUUAAAGGAGUGUCACAGCUCUGAAUCUUAACAAUGGAGCUCGAUGGACUCGGAAUGGAAGCGAGGGAAAUAAAUACAUUUGUUCUGAAUUAACAUGAAAUGGAAGCGCUCACUGGUGAUGCAAUGCUGAGAGCUGUGUGUGUGUGUGUGUGUCUGUCUGAAAGUUACCUGCUCUUU